UUUCCACUUUCUGCCCAGUCGUCGCCCGCCGCUCGCACACUGCACGACCGCGCAUCCAGCACUUGCAGGGGUAACACUUCCCUCGUCGUCUCAGUGCAAUGUGCCACGACUCCUCUGAGGCGCACACCAUGCCCUCUCCACCUAACGGCUUCUUUGUGCUCGGACAGCAAGCUCAAGCUCUGCGCUUUCUGCUGUCUGAAACACCAAUUUUUUUCGCCAGAGCCCGCCUGCGGCGCCAUGGUCGGCUUGCACUUGCCAAAACAUACCGCCCACCCAGCAACCUCCCGACUCUGAGCUCGCCACCUGUCCUCAGUCUACCCCUUGCACUUCGCCCCAAGAUUGUGGCUGUUCUCGCUGACUUGUGUUUUUGCGAGAUGUUUGGACUCGAUGUUGUCCGGAAGAUCAAUGUAGACACCACACAGCCAAAUUCCGCCAGCAACAGCCACCCAUUAUUGCCGGAGCCUGCCUGUGGCGUCGUUAGGCUGGUCUAUAUCGCCACCAUGAGUUGCGCGAGAGGCCAAUGUGGCCACGUCGUUAUAUUUCCUAAUGUUGGGCUCUGCUCUCUAGCUGCCAUUGUCAUUCCCCGCCAUCGCCGCUGGAUUUGGAGCGUAGACACCUGCAUCCCAGGGUGGACUGCGACUGACUUUAGUCCCCGCCAUCGCACGUCAACACCCGCAUCCUGA